UCCGUGUGACAGAGGUGCUGAGCCGCUGCUGUUCACUCCGCUCUGCUUCGGGAGAAAGCGGCCGACGGAUUAUCCAGCUCGGUAACGUUAGCUCGUCGGCUAACGGGUCAAGGCAAAGCGGAACGAGCACGAGCCAUGCGAAGCCCCCGCCGCAGCCAGUGAAAGUCGCUCCCGGUGCUCGCCGCGGGACUGCUUUAAUGCACGGAAACACGCGGAAAAGGAGCUUCUCGUAUCAUGCCGCCGUCGCCCCGACGGGAACUUUUCUCUAGAUUUUUCCACUUGGGGAAAGGCUAGCUUGGCAGCUAGCGAGGCUACGAACUAUUUUUAAUUGGCUUUGGGCUCAAUGGCUCCUGCUUCUUCCUUCUGUCACGGAGACAGCUCGGAGCAUUAAACCGGGGGAGAGGGCCCCCGUGAACUUCAUGACUAGCCGAAAAGCCCGGCUUUUGAACGCGUAACGUCGGCAGACGAGACUGGCAAAGGGACGCGACCAUGAAGAAGCAGUUCAAUCGGAUGAAACAGCUCGCCAAUCAAACUGUUGGCAGGGCGGAGAAAACAGAAGUCCUCAGCGAUGACCUCCUCCAGAUUGAGCGCCGCAUGGAGUUGGUGCGCGUGGUGUCCCACAACACGCACAAGCGGAUGGUGUCGUGUCUACAGGGACACAUCGGCGCAGAUGCAGAGAAGAGACAUAAAAAGCUCCCUCUGACUGCACUGUCCCAGGCGAUGGUGGAAGGUGGGAACCAAUUGGGAGAAGACUCCUUGAUAGGGAAGAUGAUGGAGGUGUGCGGCGAGGCAGAGAACCGCCUGGCAUCAGAAUUGAUGCAACACGAGCUGCAGAUAGAGAAGGACGUUCUGGAUCCUCUCAGCCAGCUAGCAGAGUUGGACAUUCCCAACAUCCUGAAGCAGAGGAAACAGCUGGCCAAAUUGGUGCUGGACUAUGAUUCUGCCAGAGCAAGAUGGUUGCAGGCAACCAAGUCAAUAAUCUCAGGAACAAACACUCAAGCACUGACGGCCAAGGCUGACCUACUCAAGGAGGAAAUGGACGAGGCCAUGAACAAAGUGGAGCUUUGCAAGGAUCAACUCGCUGCAGACAUGUACAGUUUCUUCUCAAAGGAAGGGGACUAUGCCUGCUACUUUGUAACACUCUUAGAAGCUCAAGCUGAUUACCACAGAAGGUCUCUCACUGUCCUGGAGAGUGUCCUGCCAACCAUCCAGGCCCAGCAAGACUCGUGGACAGAGAAGCCUGCAUUUGGCACCGGGCUGGAGGAACACCUGAAAAGGAGUGGAAGGGAGAUCGCUCUGCCAAUGGAGGCCUGUGUCAUGAUGCUUCUAGAGACUGGCAUGAAGGAAGAGGGUCUGCUCCGAAUCGCAGCAGGUGCGUCCAAGCUAAAGAAGCUAAAAGCAGCGCUGGACUGUUCCACGUCACAACUGGAGGAGUUCUACUCUGACCCCCACGCGGUCGCUGGAGCUCUGAAGUCCUACCUGAGGGAACUCCCCGAACCUCUAAUGACGUACCAGCUUUAUGAUGACUGGAUCCAGGCAUCCAGUGUGUCAGACCCAGACAAGAGGCUGCAGGCGCUAUGGGUCGUAUGUGACAAGCUACCAAAGAACAAUAAAACCAACCUGAGGUAUCUGGUGAAGUUUCUAGCCAAACUGGCUCAGGACAGCGAGGUGAACAAAAUGACUCCGAGCAACAUCGCCAUCGUCUUGGGACCCAACCUGAUGUGGGCCAAGACUGAGGGGAGUCUGGCUGAAAUGGCUGCAGCUACUUCUGUGCACGUGGUGGCCAUCGUGGAGCCCAUCAUCCAGCAUGCCGACUGGUUCUUUCCUGAGGAUGUGGAGUUCAACGUGUCCGGCAUGUUUGCGAUGCCGACACCGGCGUCCAACCACAACAAUCACCUUGAUUAUGACAGUGGCACCAUUGAGAGGAAGAGGCCUGGCAGCAUGGUGGGACCAGACAACGACACAACGCGCAAAGACAACACCCCUAACAAGCACUCGGACCACACCCUUCGUAGAGGCAGUAACACCUUAGGUAGAAAGCAGCACACUUCGCCUGCCUUCCAGCCUCCUUUACCCCCCGUGGAGGCUCCAGGGCACCCGGCCGCGCACGCCCCCCAGCCCUCGGCUGAGCCCCAGCCACAAGCUCAAUCAGGGGGCUCAGGGCCUGACGCUUCCCAGCAAAGCUUGGCGCAGAGUCUGGCCGCGCUCGCGGCCGCUCAGCAGCUUCUAGCCCAGCACACUGAGGAGCUCAGUCACCUAAAGCAACGGGACCCCACGCCUCUGCUCCAGAGGAACGGCUCUGGAGGAGGGGGCCACGCUGUGGUGCAGCUGGGAACUGGGACCCCCGGGGCUGGAUCCAUGGGGCCCAGUCCGCAUAUGAUGCGUAGAGGUACCAAGAAGCAGGCUCCCGCCCCUCCCAAACCAAUGAACCCUCCACCCAGCCAGCUUUGUAAUUCAGUGAGCCACGCCUCCUCGUUCCAGUCCCUCAGCCCCACUCCCAGACUCUUGUCCAGCCACUCGCCCACCACGCCCACCUCUCCCACCUUACAGCCAUGUGCCACACCCAGGCGGCACUCCAGCAACCAGCCCCCGAUCCAAGCACCCAGCCAUCCGCCCCCAGAGCCCCCGUCACAGGCCAGUCCUCCGACGCAGCCCGCAUCCCUCGGCCAGUCCGGUGGGGACCAGCAGGGCUCGGACCCCUCACCUCCAGGCACCCCAACCCCUCCAGACACCCCUCCGCCUUCCACUAGCACCCCGGACGUAGCUCCUCCGUCCCCGUCUCCGUACCAGUCGGGCUCCCUUCCCCGGCCGCGACCCGUCCCCAAACCCCGGAACAGACCCAGCAUCCCUCCGCCGCCCCAGCCCACUGCACUAGCCAGUGACUCCAAUGGGAUCUGUGCCACUGCUUACAAGAUGAUAGACCCGGUGAUGUCUUUCAAAGGCCUCAGUCGAGCUUUGGUCCCAGAGUUCGCUGUGGACCAGCAGCCAGUGACAGCCUCCUCCUCCUCCUCCUCCUCCUCCUCAUCCUCCUCCUCCUCCUCCUCCUCCUCCUCCUCCUUCUGCCUGCCUCCUCCCAAAGACUGUGACCUGGACUCUGAGAGCACGGUCCUAUAAGGAGGAGACGAUGACGCGCUCCGGUCCAGCACCCCCAUGCACCCCCUCCUCUCAUCGUACACACACCUCAUGUUUUCGUCCCAGCCCAUAUCUGCAGCCCUCCAGUUCUCCCAGUCCAGCCUGUAUGAAGGACUUUACUGGGACAGAGUGCCCCUUCUGGCGACCUCGGUGGAGGCCCAGAGCUCCUGGUAGACGAUGGCUAUGAUGGUGGAUACCGUUGACUAGAACGGGUUCAUGUGUGUUGACAGCUGAUGAUGUCACGGUCUGUUUCAUCCUCAGCUUUUUAACUGGGAACCUACUUCUGCAAGAAUUUUAAUAAUCAAUUAAGAUGUUUUUAAGUAAAUGUAUAUAUUUUUUUUAAAAAAGUUACUUCGUUAUGUUUUGGGAAAUUGUAAGUUAGCAUUUUUAAUUAUUUUGGGUAAUUUUAUAGAGCAAAUAAUUGGACAACUUAUUGAGCAGAUGAAUUGCUAAUUGCUGCUCGUCAUUGGGCAAAUCCCCAUAAUUGACCUCCACCACCUCCUUCAGGUAGCUCUCAUUUCCAGUCCAGCUGUUAAAGCUGUUAAAGCUGUUACUAGCCAUCAUGUACUUUGUCCCCUUGACCUCCACAACGGCGCCAGAUGCUAACGCCUCUACUGUGUAAUGCAGCAGUUAUCUUUUUGCUGCGCAAUUUUACUGACAAUCAUACCGCAGAGGACCGCUGGUUAUGACAUGAUGAGCAAUAUGAAGCACGGGCACUGACCCGGUGAAGGCCAACAUGUGGACUGGCGAGACUCGCUUGGAAUUUGGCGUAUGGGUUUGUAUUUUUUUUAUGUUUAAAAAAUGGCCUUAGAACAAGCAAUUAAAACCUUUCUAUAGCACGGAGGGGGAGGGGGAGGGGGUCAGCAGGUCAUGUAGAAACCAAAACUGUUGCUUUAAGUGUAGCUGGUGACUGCAGGUUUCCAGUCGUCUCCAACACUUGAUUUUUUUGUAUGGAAACCCCCAAUCCCAUUUUGUUCCCUCUCCUGUAUUUAUUUAAUGAUUUUAAAAACACAUUCCCUGUGGCUUGACGUAAUUAAUGCAGUCUCUUUAAAUGUAAAUCAUGCCUUAUGGGUUCCUUCCAGAACAUGUAAUAAGCAUUGUAUAUUUACUGUAUGGAGGAUAUACUUGGCUCCGAGUACUGCAGUGUUUCCAAGAAGCUGUCUUGGCAACGAGUUUCAGGGACGUAAGGAAGGCAAUUUGACCCUCUGCAAUAGAAGUCUUGUAUUGUUCCACUAAAGGUGUGUAUUUAAAUGUGUUUUGGUUGAUCUCUUUGAGUUUCAUGAGCAGAAAGAAGUAGCAGGAUUAAACACCCACCCAGCCUGAACAGUCAGUAUUUUGCCUUCCUGUUUUUACAGUGAUCUUUAGUUUGCUCCCGAGUUAAAGCACCAGACUGUUGUGAAAGGACAAUUUUUACCAGCCGGAACAGAAAGAUGCAGAAACAGCUGAUGUUGCACUUCCAAUGAGUGGUUUCCUAUAGUGAACUGGUUGAGAGGAUUUUUAUUGUUUAUUUGUUUUAUUUCCCCGUCUUUCCCACUGAGCUGAGAGCAUGCUGCGCUGUGACCAGUAAUGAAUUGGUGUUAGACUUUUUUUUUUUUGCCAGGUCAAAAGAUUAAAAAUGCUUUGUUGUAUUUUCUGUGCAAGUUUUGCUUUUUAUGGCCUCGGAUGUAGUGAGCUGACCCAAUAUGGUACCAAUGGAGAACGUCUUGGAUGCUGCAGGUUUCCCCCCGAACACGAGUUUUGUCUUUCAGAGCCGAUGGAGCGUUUGAACCCGCUCCUCAGCUUCUGGAGCUCGCUGCCUUACGCGGGUAUCCGGAGCCUCGUGUCUAAGCUCUGCAACAUGGAACACAUGCCAUUCAAUUGAUAAUGCUGCAUUUUAAGCUCCAUAGUUUUUGUAUGUAUGCCGUCUGGUGAGCUUAAAUAUGGAAUAGAUACAUGUCAUAUGUAUGCUUGGUUAUACACCUUUCCAAAGAAAAAUAAAGUAUAUGAAGAAACUG